GAAAUUGCGAUUUUUAGGCUUCGCGAUUAGGAGCGGAAACAGAAGCGGUGUGAGUCGUGGGAAAGAGAAAGGGAAGAAGUCUGCGCGGUCGAUGGGGACUUCAAUGCUGGGAGCGCAGGCUGCUUUUAACUUGCGGGCAAACAGCCUGGCCUGGCUCGUCCUGGUACAGUUCCAAGCCAAGAAUGACCAAGAGACCCACUGCAAAGUCGUAACACGAACCUGGGAGAAGCUCGGAGUCAGGUAUCACCGGUUCCGGAGGUCCUGCCAAGCCGUGCCCGACUCAAUUCAUUACGUCAGCAGGAGCACGCACCUCCAUGCCCUAGACAGCAAGCAGUCAGGUGAUUAGUGGGGUGGGAAUUUGCGGGCACAGGAACCAAAAUUGUAAAAUAUUCCACCUUGGCUCGGGAGCUUUUAUCACCGAACACAGCAACACCGCCCAGAACUAAGAAGAGUCUUUCUCCGCACAAGCCAGCGGUUAAAAUUGAUUGACAUCUCUUGUUCUUUACUUCUCCUAAAGAAACAGCCAAAAUGAAGCACCUCGCCGCUUACCUCCUCCUCACCCUCGGUGGCAAGGCCACCCCCUCCGCUGCCGACGUCAAGGCCGUUCUCGAGUCUGUCGGUAUCGAGGCUGACUCCGACCGCCUCGACAAGCUCAUCUCUGAGCUCGAGGGCAAGGACAUCAACGAGCUCAUCGCUGAGGGUUCUUCCAAGCUCGCUUCCGUCCCAUCUGGCGGUGCUGGUGGCGCUGCCGCCGCUGGUGGUGCCGCCGCUGCCAGUGGUGCCGCUGAGGCUGCCCCUGAGGAGGCCAAGGAGGAGGAGAAGGAGGAGUCCGAUGACGACAUGGGCUUCGGUCUCUUCGACUAAGCGCGCCAUAUCGUCUUGGUUUCCGAACAAGAGCUGGGCAAAUCCGAAGAACCUUAACGACUUAUGCGGAUGUUUACGGCGUUAUCUACAGGCCAUCGGCCUCGGCUGCGGACCAGGAGUUUUGGGAUUUGCGCGGGCAGGUUUCUGACAUCGUACAACGGCAUAUAGGCGGGGCAAUAAAAAGCACCAAGGCUCUCUUCGGACAA